AUGAAGACCAUCGUGAAAUCCCCUGAAGAAGAUGCAUAUGAUUCUCCAUUGAGUAGUUUACCAGACGAAAUCAUCCUCCAAAUUAUAAACAAAUUAAUCGAUUUGAAAACCCUUUGCUUUUGCUCUCUCGUUUCCAGACGUUUCUCCUCGAUUGUACUUCAAGUCGAUUCCGUUUCCUUCACUGCUCCUCUCUUGAACUCUCCCACUUCGGAUAAAAUCACCUCCGGUGAUGUCGACGGCGACGGAUUUCCUACAAAGCUGUUCCGGUUCUUGAUUAAUGGUGUUGUAUUCAAACCCCUUUACCUCCUCCGCCGUAUGAUCGUCGCCCCUAGUAAGCCGCUUCCGCCUAUCAUUUCUUCAUUUUACGGCCAGUCCUUUCGAUCUGCCGUUACGUUUUUGAGCAAGUUUAAAGGAGUUAAGUCCUUACAUAUAGAGCUUCCCUGUUCCAGUCACAGAGGUAUUGAUAAUCGUUGUUUGUUCAAAUGGAAGGUCAAGUUCGGGAACAGAAUCGAAUCAUUUUUCUUUCUCUCGCCGAAUUCAAUUUCUGAUUCAGAUGAAUUUCAUGUUAACGGAAAUGGCGACGAACAAGACAUGGACUUGAGUAAUGAUCUGUUUAGGCAGAAAGUUCACAUCGCUUUUCAAUGUCUGAAGGAUGUGAUUCUGAGGCAUAGGAUGUUGUUGUACAUCAUUAAGGAUCUACCAAUGUUGGAAGAGGCUUCCAUUACUGAUUCAGGGAGAAGAGGGAGGCUUUCUCUUAGUGGGGAAAAACUUGCUGAGGUGAAGAAGGGAUGGGUAUCAUCAGCCAUGGAAACUCUUAAAUCAGAGAUGAAUCGUAUAGAGGUUCCUGCUAGCGUGAGUCAGUGUCACAUCCCUGUUUUGGACAUGCCAGUUUCAGGGUACGUGAUGAAGGGGGUAACUCUUGUUGUAAUGGAAAUGAAUGGUCUGCAUGAUGAAAAAGAUAGUCUUAUGAGCAGUGAAGAUGGUGGUUCUGAAGAUAAAGAAGAGGCUGCAUAUACUGAAGCUGUGAUGGAGAUUCUGGAGAAGCAUAAGGACAGGAUGAAGGUGUUAUUGUAG